UGCAAGCAACUGUCCGCAUUUGCUGUUUUCCAGCGAAACGCUUGGCAAAAAAGAUGCUUUACUUGAUGGAUCUUGUGUGGGACACGGCGGCCCACGCCCUCACUUUAUUUGACUUCGGUUUUCAAGGACUGCUUUUAUUUCUCGGUGGUAUGGUGUCCCUAUUUCACCUGGUAAACCUGCCCACCGAUCUGAUCGUCGACCAGCUCUUCCUCCUUGAGAAGUACGACUACGUGAUCGUUGGCGGUGGCUCGGCAGGAUGCGUGCUCGCCAACCGCCUGUCAGCCGACCCAAGCAAGAUGGUGUUGCUGAUUGAGGCCGGGGGCAUGGAGGACGCUUUUGCGCAGGUUCCACUGUUCGCACCCCUGCUCAUCGGUAGUAGGUUCGACUGGAAAUACCUUCCUGAACCACAGGAGCACGCCUGCCUUUCAAUGGUGAAUAAGAGGUGCCCGUGGGCCCGCGGCAUGGCUAUGGGCGGAUCGAGCGCCAUAAACUUUAUGUUCUAUGUUCGAGGAAAUAGGCGUGACUACGACAUAUGGAGGGACGACUUCGGAGCGCAUGGUUGGUCUUACGAUGACGUGUUGCCGCACUUCAAGAACAUUGAGACGGCGAGAGUGCCAGACCAGGAACAGUUCUAUCGUGGCAGUGAUGGUGAAAUACCCGUGACGUAUGCGAACACGCAAACACGUCUGAGCAAAGCAUUCCUGGAAGCUUGCGAGGAAAAUGGCUACCCUGUCAUCGACUACAACGGAAGAUCUCAGGCAGGUUGCUCUCGACUGCAAGCCAAUACGCUCGAAGGUGAGCGUUACAGUGCUAGCAGAUCCUUCAUCACGCCAAUUCUCCAGAGAAAAAAUCUGCACAUUUCACUGCGGAGCCGGGCAACAAAGGUGGUUUUCGAAAACGAACGCGCCUUUGGAGUACGCGUUCUGAAAGGUGGUUUGAUGUACACUGUACAAGCUUCGCGCGAGGUCCUUAUCGCGGCCGGCGCUGUCGCAUCUCCACAGCUGCUUUUGCGUUCCGGUGUUGGUCCUCGGUCCGAUCUGGAGGAACUGAAGAUUCCUGUCAUCGCUGACCUGCCGGUGGGCAACAACCUUCAGGACCAUAUGCACGUCGAAGGAAUCUCGGGCACGCUGCGUCAUCAAGACGGAAUUAACCUUUUCCGCCUGUCGACAGUGACGGACUACAUGUUCAAGCGUUCAGGUCCAUUUUGCAUUCCUGGAUCCGUUGAGGCUCUUGCAUUUGUCAGCACGCCAUUUGUGAAUGAAUCGCUGGAAUUCCCGGAUGUAGAAAUCGUCCUGCAGUCCCUCCCAUCCUCAGCGCUUCCCUUGGAAUGCUACCUGUCAAACAUGGCUCUCCGGAAAGACGUGUAUGACCAAUACUUUCUGCCUAAACGCGGAAGACACGGAUUUGCGCUCGCUCCACUGGUGAACAGGCCGAAAUCGCGAGGUUACGUGAAACUGAGGACAACGAACCCUCUGGACCAACCGAUCAUUGACCCCAAGUAUUUGACGCAUCCCGACGAUUUGGCGGCGGCAGUUGAAGGAGUCAAGAUUGCGCUGCGACUCAUGAAGAGCGACGCCAUGCAGGCCAUCAAAGCGAAGCCUUGGGACAUCCCUCUAGAUGCUUGCGUAUCCGAAGGCGCCAUAUGGAGUGAUCCGUACGUGGCCUGCCUUGUACGCCACAUGGCUCACACAACGUGGCACGCCUGCUGCACGUGUCCCAUGGGCUCGGACGAAAGGGCCGUGCUGGACCCCAGGCUCAGGGUUCGUGGCCUGAAGAAUCUUCGCGUCGUCGACGCAUCUGUCAUGCCAACAAUAGUAACUGGUAACAUAAACGCGCCUGUGAUGAUGAUUGCCGACAAAGCAGCGGCUAUGAUUCUACAAGAUAAUAAGUAGAUAAUGUAGCUUUAUUUAGGCCUUUAAAACUAGAGUAGGUUUUUUCUAUGAUACCAUUUGCACUACAUUGGCAAAGCUGAGCUAAACGAAAUGCCAAGCUGUGACAGAGUUGGCUUUUUUAGUCUAUAGCGGUCACCCUUCCAUGCGCCAAUUAGCUCAUAUUACUCAGAAGGGCCUUGAAUUUCCAUCUCCUGCCUUCCCCGUGUUUUCCGCAGAAGGGUACACGUGAUUCGCUUUUUGCUAGCAUUAAGGUGACUCUGAUUUCGGCAUGUUUUGGAAGGGGCAUAUAUGUGACCAAGAAGCUCCGGAUUUAUUGUCACAUAAACUUUGUUGUCGCCAUCACUGUUGUCUAUACCAUCUCAGGAAAA